AUGUUGGCGGAUAACGAUACCUUGUCAACUUUUGCAUUUAAUAAGACAACGAUGACCGAUGUAAUGACAAGUGUUACACGAAGAAAGCAUGUGAGUUUCGUGCCUCAACUUGUAUUGACUCUUGUCUACACAACUGGCGUCAUUGGUAACGUAUCUGCGCUGGUCAUACUUUUUCAUCGAGACAAGAGAAGAAACCGUAAGCAUUUACUAAUGUUACGUUGUUUGGCAACCAAUGAUCUCGUAGCGUUAUUGGGGAUGUUAGUUCAGAUGUAUGUUACAAUUUAUGCGGGUGAUGUGACAUCUACAAGAAUAUUUUGCUCUCUUCGAGUUGUUUGGCGACUUUUUGGUCUCUUCAGUGGCUGCGUCGCCAUCGUCAUGGCAGCGGAGAGAUGGUUAGCUUUAACUAGACCCUUUGUUUAUCAAAAGGUGACGUAUCCGGUAAUUGUGCGUUGCAUGUUGGCGCUUUGGUUGAUUGCAUUAACGAUAACCAGUCUUCCGGUUAUGGGCUUCGGAUUGUAUUAUAAAGACAAACAAUGCGUGCGUUACAGAGAGGCCACAGAGCUGAGCGAUAUCGCUUAUGCUUAUGUAUGGUUUAUUUUUGGUACUCUUUUAUGUUUGUCAAUUGUUUGGUGCAACUUGGCAGUUUCUAGGGCUUUGAGUAAAUUGAGUCGUCGUACAGUUGCUCUUGGGAGAAUCUCCAGAGCCUCAUCAAGGGCAAAACCUUUGUUGACUAUAGCCGGAAUACAUACACCACAUCGAUUAGAAACAGUUACAACUGAAGAAAGAGCAUUCGCAAGACUUAUGGCUGUAUUAUCAAUAUCAUUCGUUAUAUGCUGGAUGCCAUACAUGAUUUCCAUUCCAUUGACUCAAUUCGCGAUGCAUUUACCUAAAACGGCGGUCACUGUAAAAUGCAUUCGAAUUUUCCACAUCAUAGCCGAUAUUCUUUUAUGCAUUCACUUCACCCUGGAUCCAUAUAUUUAUGUUCUUUUACGAAUGCCCCGGCCGAGAUUUCGAUUGUUGAAGCCCCUUUGUAGGAUCUGCUGGCCUGAUUCAUCUUUUAAAAGUCGCUCCAACUCCUUUACAGGUACGAUUGAUCAUCAAUGUAGUACUAAUGGUCCACCCACACCAAACACUGCUCCAUCAACCCCCGUUAGUGAAGAGCACGAUUCGCAUCUGGUUACAGUAUCCCUCUGA